AUGAAUGGGUUUUCAAUGGAUAUGUUGCACAAAUAUAUGAACGGAAAACGUUUCUCAAAUGAAGAAGAAGAGGAGGAUGAAAAUGAAGAAAUAGAGUUGAGUUUGGGACUAUCUACGAAUGGAAGAUUUGGCGUGGACCCGAAAAGGGCAGCGAAAAAACUGAAACGUUCUUCUUCAAUUUCAAAUUUGGUUUUCACGGUGGGUGCUGGUGGGCGACAAGCAGUGGGGGUGUCGGUUGACGUGUACGCGCCGUUGACGAGGACUUGUUCGCUGCCGGUCGAGGCGGAGGAGGAGCUGAGGGAGAGGAGGGAGUUGCAGUCAAUAAGGCGAAUGCAGGCGAAAAGGAAGAGAUUAGAGAAGUUGAAUAAUGGACGAGUGGUGAAAGAUAAGGUUGAUUUGGAGGAAAAUUCUUGUGAAGAUAAUAAAAAUAACAAUAAAUCUGAAAUUAUUGGGAUUGUUAAUGUUAAUGCACUUGGGAAUGAGAUUCCGAAAUCACAGGGCUCAAUUGGAUCACAGGGAAGUGGUUCUUCAGGAAUUUCUGAUCUUCGAAGUCAACGCUCAGAAGGUGUAAAACAAAGCAUUGAGGCGAAGAGCCCUCCCAGUGUCCAAUCUUUGCCAGCACAGAUUGAGCACAAGCCUGUCCGAGCUGCUGAGAAGGAAGCUAAAGAAAUAAAUAAGAAUGUCAUGCUCGAUAUGCCAUUCGUCUCCACAAUGGGUGACGGGCCAAAUGGUAAAAAGAUAGAAGGAUUCUUAUACCGAUACAAGAAGGGAGAGGAGGUCAAAAUAGUAUGUGUUUGUCAUGGCAGGUUUCUCUCCCCGGCUGAAUUUGUGAAGCAUGCUGGCGGAAAUGAUGUGGCAAAUCCGUUGAGGCACAUAGUCGUUAACCAUUCUCCGUUCUUGUAG